GAAAUCGCAUCCCAUGUGCCAAUCACUUGCCGUCGGACUGUUCCCCGGAACGGUCGCAUCUUGGGCCUGUCGGAUUGUGUUGGGACCUUCUUCUUGGAUGGUAGUGUCAUACAGCCCGCGCUUCCGGUGGCAGAUGGAAUCAAUCAGCCUUUGAUCGGCCGCUGUCGCUGUGUGGAAAAAAAAACCGUCGGAUGACUUUAGUCUGAAACGUGUAAAGUGAGAGAAGUAAAGGGCCCGCCGUGUGUGAACGCAUCUAAAGUUACCUACACGUAUUCUAUUCGUGUUCCGUAUUCUAUUUCGUGAAGUGUUCAAGACGUUCUUCCUCGCUCGAGAGGUGAAUUGAUUGAAGUGGUGUUUGAAAAUUUCUUUUCGGUGCCAUUGCGUGCUGUUUUCAGUUGGAGUGUAUAUUGUUGAAGGUGUUGAAGUGAACGAACGACUUGUUAGUUAAAUUAAUUUCCUUUUCUAGAGAUCCGUUCUCCUACACCGCUGUGUUACGCAACCGAGAAGAAGUGUUCAUAACUAGUGUGAGAAAAAAGCGAUGUUUUAACAAAAGUUCAGUGCAAAUCUAAUGUAAAUUUACAUUAAAACAACACAUCCUGGAACGUGACGGAAGCAAUAGAAAUUAAGCUAAUACUCACUGUGGUGACGGCAUCAAAUGGAGCGCCCUACGCGCUGGGCGCUAGUAUUGUUUGCGCUUUGCGCAACAGCGGCACACUCGGCAGUUUUAACUUCUAACCCGUCCGAAGAACUCUCCAAAUCAAUCGAUAUAGACAACAGUCCCCUUUCUAGAGUGAAGAGGAAUGGAAAUAUUCGAGGAAAUUUCAGAGGCCAAACACAAUCACAGUAUCUUCAUUUUGGCAAUAGUCAAGAUGGUAAAGCUGAAGCCGAGGCAACACAACAUAGCUCCAGAGCGGUAGUUGUCGGUUCCAAUGGUAUGGGACAAGCGCAGAGCCAAUCGCUUGGCGGUGAUUGCAGCUCCUGCUAUGGAUCGGUUGAUGGUGGAGGCAGCUACAUCUAUGAUAGCAGACCCGAUCCGCUAAAAGUGCCGGUGGAUAAGUUGCGUCUGCCAGAUGCAUACGAACCAGGAACCAACGGACAUUCGAUGAGACCAGGCGGUAGUGGUGGACUGGAUGGCUAUGGACGUCCAGGAGGUGCAGGAAGUUACGACGGUAGACCUGGCGGCAGUCCUGGCACUGGUGGAGCUGUAUUGGAUGCGUACGGACGACCAGUGGGCAGCUUUGACGCACACGGAAGACCUAUUGGCGGUUCGGGUAUGGGAGGCAAUGGUGCGGGCAGUCAUGGACGGCCAGGGCAUGGUGGAUCAGGAUUUGACGCUCAAGGAAGGCCUAUGGGAUCCGAUGUAGGAGGAUAUGGCAGGCCAUCAGGAGGCCCUGGAACAGAUGGAUCUGGUGUUGAUGCUCAUGGAAGACCUAUCGGGGGUCCUGGCACUGGUGGAUCAGGCGUCGAUGCUCAUGGAAGGCCUAUUGGAGGAUCUGGUACAGGAGGACCAGGUUUUGAUGCUCACGGAAGACCUAUGGGAGGUCCUGGUACUGGAGGACUAGGUGUUGAUGGUCAUGGAAGGCCUGUUGGUGGUCCAGGAACAGGUGGACCAGGUGUCGAUGCUCAUGGACGACCGAUUGGAGGAUCUGGAACUGGAGGGCAAGCUGUUGAUGCUCAUGGUAGACCGAUUGGCGGACCUGGAACAGGUGCAUCUGGAGUUGAUGCCCAUGGAAGACCGAUUGGAGGACCUGGUACAGGUGGAUCUGGAGUUGAUUCCCAAGGAAGACCGAUUGGAGGACCUGGUACAGGUGGAUCUGGUGUUGAUGCGCAUGGACGACCGAUUGGAGGACCUGGAACAGGAGGAUCUGGAGUUGAUGCACAUGGAAGACCGAUUGGAGGUCCUGGAACGGGAAGGCCCGGUGUUGAUGCUCAUGGAAGACCGAUUGGAGGACUUGGAACUGGAGGACAAACUGUCGAUGCCCAUGGAAGACCGAUUGGGGGGCCUGGAACUGGAAGACCUGGAGUCGAUACUCAUGGACGACCGAUUGGAGGACCUGGAACUGGAGGGCAAGCUGUUGAUGCUCACGGAAGACCCAUCGGAGGUCCUGGAACAGGAGGAGCAGGUACUGAGGGCCAAGGGAGACCAGUGGAUGGUUCAGGAGCAGGAACAAAUGGUCAAGGAAGACCAUCUGGAGGUUUCGAUACUCAAGGUAGGCCUGGAGGUCCUGGAACUGGAGGUGCACCUGUAGACGGUCACGGAAGACCUUCUGGAGGUUAUGAUACUCAAGGUCGGCCUGGGGGACCUGGAACUGGAUUAGGAGGUGCACAUGACGGUCUCGGAAGACCUACUGGAGGUCUUGACGCUUAUGGAAGGCCUAUCGGAGGACCGGCAACUGAUGCUCAAGGAAGGCCUAUCGGUGGUUAUGAUGCUCAAGGAAGGCCUGUCGGUGGUUAUGAUGGACAAGGAAGACCACUUGGCAGUGGCACCCCAGGGACAGGACUUGAUGCAUCUGCAAGACCAGUCGGUAGCCAUGGUCCUCAUCCUCAUUUAGUAGGACCGCCACUUCCAGGAGGAGGCGCACAUGGUGUCUAUCACAACGCUCCGCAUACUGUUACAUUGCCCGGUCAGGAUCACACCGUGGUCAAUCCAACAGGUGGCUUAACGGUUUUAGUUGGUACGGGUCACUCAAAACAAACUGUGAUUGGUUCUGAUAGCAGACUAGAUGGACACGGACCGGUGAAAAUUAUACCUGGACCACCGGACAGCCACGGACCUCCGAAGCAAACGGUGUACGCUCAUCCAGGAGGAUUAACUGUGCUGGUAGGAACGGGUGGUGCGCAACAAACCGUUCAUCAUCUUCCCGUUCAUGGUGGACAUCCUGGAGUAGGACCACAGACGGUGAUUCAUCCUGGAUCGGUAGGCACUGGAGUAUAUCCAGGAAGUGGCGUUGGCCCUGUUGCUGGUCAGUAUCCUGGUGGUACUGGGCAAUAUCCAGGCACUGCUGGUGGUCAAUAUCCAACAGGCCCAGCCGGUGGACCAGGUAUGGGAACAACUACAGGAGCAGGAAGUGGAGUACAAUACCCUGGAGGAGCCACGGGAGGCCGACAUCCUGGAACGGUUGGAGGUAUGGGAAGUGGUCAAUAUCCAGGAACAGGCAUAGGUACAGGACAGCAUCCUGGAGGCACAGGAACUGGCCAAUACCCAGGGGAAGCCGGAGUUGGAACAGGGCAAUAUCCCGGUGGCACUAGUACAGGAGCUGGACAAUACCCUGGAGGAACCGGUGUAGGCCAAUAUCCAGGUGGAACGGGUGUUGGAACUGGACAAUAUCCUGGAGGUGUUGGUUCAGGAACUGGACAGUAUCCUGGAGGCGCUGGCACAGGAGCUGGACAAUACCCUGGAGGCACUGGAACAGGUGCUGGUCAAUACCCUGGAGGCACUGGAACAGGUGUUGGACAAUACCCUGGAGGCACUGGCACAGGAACUGGACAGUAUCCUGGAGGCGCUGGCACAGGAGCUGGACAGUAUCCUGGAGGCACUGGAACAGGAGCUGGACAGUAUCCUGGAGGCACUGGAACAGGAGCUGGACAGUAUCCUGGAGGAGCUGGCACUGGAGUUGGACAAUAUCCUGGAGGCGCUGGCACUGGCACUGGAACUGGACAGUAUCCUGGAGGCACUGGCACAGGAGCUGGACAAUACCCUGUAGGCACUGGAACAGGUGCUGGUCAAUACCCUGGAAGCACUGGCACUGGAGUUGGACAAUAUCCUGGAGGCGCUGGCACUGGCACUGGAACUGGACAGUAUCCUGGAGGCGCCGGCACAGGAGCUGGACAAUACCCUGUAGGCACUGGAACAGGAACUGGACAGUAUCCUGGAGGCACUGGAACAGGUGUUGGACAAUACCCUGGAGGCACUGGCACUGGAACUGGACAAUAUCCUGCAGGCACUGGCACAGGAACUGGACAAUACCCAGGAGGACCCGGUGUUGGCCAAUACCCAGGAGGAACGGGUGUAGGAACUGGACGAUAUCCUGGUGGUACUGGUUCAGGAACUGGAUUAUUCCCUGGGGGUACAGGAGCUGGACAAUAUCCAGGAGGGACCGGAGUAGGAACUGGACAAUAUCCUGGUGGUACUGGUGCAGGAGCUGGACAGUAUCCAGGAGGAACCGGAGUAGGAACUGGUUUAUAUCCUGGAGGUACUGGUGCAGGUGCUGGACAAUAUCCUGGUGGAACUGGACAAUAUCCAGGAGCUACUGGAACGGGCACUGGACAAUACCCAGGAGGAGUUGGAAGUGGUACUUAUCCAACUGGUGGAUCUGGACAGUAUCCAGGAGGUGCUGGUGUUGGAACAGGCACGGGUACUGGUGGCGUUGGUUACUAUCCAUCAGGAACGGGAACUGCACAGCAAUACCCCGGUGGAGGAUCAUCAAUUGAUCAAUAUCCAACAGCUGUAGAUCAGGGAGUCGGAGGAGGCAGUUUACCUCCACAGCCCAUACAACUACCGGAAGAGGAAGACGAUUCAUUCUCUCAAGCCGAAUCGUCGGUAAAGAACGGCGAAGUGAUGGCUUCUGCCCAAGGCCGUAAGAAUGGAGGCACUGCACAAACGCAGGUUUCCGGUACCUACACUGGCACGGGAUCGUUCAGUGCCAGCGCUCAAACAAGCGACAAGGAUCGUGCGGCACAGGCGCAAGUGUCUGGUGGAAAGGAAGGCGCCCUAAGCUCUGCUCAAGGUACGGGCGGUGUUGGCAAAUCGCAAUCGUUGGUGCAGGUUGAUUCGAAGACGGGAGGCACCUCCGCUACGUCCCAGAGCGGUGGCUUAGGCCACGAAAGUCAAUCCGAGGUGGUGGCUAAUGAGAAGGGCGGUUUGGCCGAUGCACAAUCGAGUGGGCCGGGGCAAACUUCGUCGCAGGCGCAGAUUGGUUUCCGUCCGCAAGGCGAAGGUACGGUUGAUCAGCAAAAUAUCUUCAACGGCGGAGGACAAGCGUCUGCCCAGUCGGGUGCUCACACUGGCCAGAGUCAGUCGCAAAUUAGUGGCAAUUUCAAGUUCGGCAUUGCGUAUCACGGUGCAGCACAGGCGGCGUCGGGAACGAAGGAACAGGUGGACACUUAUCGGGCAAAGAGCAAACCUCUAUUCCAAUCGAUUGGACUGUUUGGAAAGUCUACGGGUACCACGGUUCGUAAGGAAUCGGUUGACACCAACGGCAUGAGGACACGAACAUCCCAGCAAAGCUUAGUGAACUUCAUCAGCACUACACUGCCGCCGCUAGGCGAAGAGGAAGAAUACGAAGAUGUUGACGACGAGGAGGAAGAGUACGAGGAUGAGUACGAAACGCCCUCGAAGAUCACGCGCAGUGGCGACAAGUCUACGACCGACGCAAACUCCUCCAUCAAAACGACUCCCGUAGCGUACGUGGUCACCGAACCGCCAACCGUAACGGUGCGCACGAGCGGAAAUGGGCGCGUGUUCACCCAGGGUGGACCGACGCAAAAGCAGACCGCGUUCGUACCGCACGGUGACAACUUCCGGCUAGUGCAAACACAGAACGGACGCUCGACCGUACACGCCGUAACGACCGAGCGAACGCAGCAAACCGUAGUGAACGCAGCCUCCAGCACCACGCCCAAGUACACUACGCGCUACCUGCCCACGAAGAAGGACAGCCCAACAACUGCGACGACGACGACGACGACGACUGCCGACGAGAUGGAGGAAGGCCCGGAACCGGAAGCCGGAUCGGCGCAAAAGACCGGCCAUCCGGACAGCUACAUUUCGGUAACGAAGCAGGUGACGGGCAUCGACGAGAAGAGCAAGGUGCCGGCCAUACCGGGCAAGAACUACGAGUCGACGUACUACACCAAAUCGUCCACCUGCGGGUACUUCACCUUCUCCUGCAACAUCGUGUACGGUGAGAACGGGCGAAGUAAAAUCUGUCGACCCAAACCACCAGCCAAUGGCAAAUGCUGAGAGGGAGAGAGGGAGGGGUUAGAUGUUUGGGCCUAAAUGCGACACUGCCAGUGAAACUCCCACCCCGUUGCACAACACAAUCGCACAGCGGGGGCAGGGAGAGUUAUUUCUUAAUGUAACCGGCCCCGCACAAGGGGUUCGCACAGGAGUGGGCUACUUUCAAGCCUUACAAUUACUUACAAACAAUCAAAUAUAUACACCCUUUUCGGAGAUAAUGCAACCUCUGAUUGCCCAGCACCAAUUAAUUGUAACUGUUUUGUUUAAGCGACACUCACGAAUGGAGUAAAUAAAUAGGAUUAUUUGACACUA